AAAAGUUUCCAACAUUUGGCGCCUAAACCCUAUAUUCCCCAAUUUAUCUACGCUUUCCAGAUCCCCAUUCACUCCAUCCUUAAAUUUCCCCUUCAAAUUCCAAUCAUCGAAUCUAGAUUGCCGGAAAAUGGACAGCGACGACGAUUAUCAGACAUUUUCACCCCCAAAGGUGCAAUCUCCGCAACUCCAAUUGCGGAGGCUGAAGCGCUUGAAGAAAUCCGACGCCAAACCCCUAGAGGAUCCGUUGUUUGACCCGAAUGAGGAUCCGAUUUUGUUUGACCACGUAGAUUUCGCCAAGCUGGAAGCACUGGAGAAUGAUUCGGAGCCACAAGUUGCCAACGAGUCAAUUUCAACUGAAGAUGCAGAUUUAUCUCAGGAGUCACUGUCUCAAGGCGCCGGAAAGGAAGUCCAGGAUCCGAUUUUGUUUUCCCACGUCGAUUUCGCCAAGCUGGAAGCACUGGAGAAUGAUUCGGAGCCACAACUUGCCGACGAGUCAAUUUCAACUGAGGAGGCAAACUUAUCCCAGGAGUCACCGUCUCAAGGCGUUGGAAAUGGGCUAGGGAUUGGUGUGGAGGUGAAGAAAGCUAAGAGGGUUUUGGAGUUUGAUGAUGAUGUGGUUGGUGGAAGUCCGAUGAGAGAAGACGGUGAGAAUCUUGAGCUGGAAAAGAAGGAAAUCAUUGGAGAAGAGGGCCUGUUAGAGGAGAACGAAGGGAAAAAGAAAAAGAAGAGGAGAGAGAACAGCGAUGAAGGUGAUGAAUUGAAGAUCAAAUCGUGGGGUUCUAAGAAAGAGAGAGAUGUGUUGCCUAAAAAAAGCAAAAGGGCAGAAGAGAGAGAUGAGUUGCCCAAAAAAAACAAAAGGACAGAGGAGAAGGAGAGGAAAGAGUAUCUAAAGGAACUUCAUGCUGAAUCUCAGAGAUUGUUACGAGAAACCAGUGAUGCAUCGUUUAAACCUAUACCAGCGGUGCACAAGCCUAUAUCAUCAGUUCUAGAGAAAAUCCGGAAGAGAAAGCUUGAAAUUUCAAAAAAGUCUAUGAUUUCAAAUGACAGCAAUCAUGGUUUCGAGCGAAGCAUCAGGCCUAGAGACAAACUGAUGGACCUUGAUGUACCGAAUGAAGACAGAUCGGAAGAAAAUGCAACCAUACCAGUAGAAAAGAAGGCGAAUGAUUCACUUGAAGAACAGAGUAGUUUGACCGGUUCUAAUGUGGAUGAAGAUGAUGGUAAACCGACAAUACAUGAAAAUGCUCAAAAUGAAGUGCCUGCAAAUGAAGAGCCUACUCCUGCACCCCGAGCACCAGUGGAUGAUACUCAGGAUCUUUUUGAUGAUUCAGAACCACUGGGUACUACAAAUGUACAGAAUGAUGAGAAGCCAAAUAAUCUUUUGGAUGAAGAUUUUGCUCCAUCUUUACAGGCUAUGAACUUGAAGUUCGAUUCUGUCCCCAUGGAUGAUAGCUCUUCAGACGAAGAGGACAACGACAAAGAAAAUUCAGACCCUCAUCCUCGUGUAGUUGAUGACAACUCUUCUCCAAAUGGCGAUCCUGUAAAAAAUUUCAUUGAUGAGGAAGCUGAGGAAGAGGAUGAUAGUGACAAUGAUCUUAAUCGUUUCCCAGAGAAUGAAGGUGAUGAUAUUGAUGAUUUGGAGGAACUUAAUGCUAUGAUAGCCACUGAGUAUGAAGAAAGGCUCACUGAUAAAGAAAGGCGCAAUGAGCUCCAUCAGAAGUGGCUUGAGCAACAAGAUGCAGCAGGAACUGAUAAUCUCAUACAGAGAUUGAAAUGUGGCCCAGUAGUAAGAGAUACAUUGUUGUCAGACGACGAGCCUGAAACUGAUGAGGAUGAUGAAAAAGAUGAAGAAAUUGACGAUGAAGCUGAAGAAGGCUCUUUGCAAAAGGAAUCUGGCAGAGUAAAUAUUAAAAUGGCUAAGCAGAUAAUCCUAAAUUUGUAUCCUGAUAAAGAAGAUGCUUAUGUAUCUGAUGGUGAUGAAGAUGAUGACAUGCAGAGGAAGCGUGCACAGUGCCUCAUCAGAAAGGAAGAGAGAGCUACAAUAGCAUCACCAGCUGCUGAUGCAAGUUCCAGGGAAGUAUUUGGUCUUAUCAAGAAACUGAAUAUUUCCUCUGACAACAAGAGGAAACCAAAAGCUUUGUCCGUCUUUGAUUCGAUCCUUAAAGGGGGAAGUAGUGGUCUGUCUGCUAAGUCAUCUUUUGUUGGACGAGCAUCAAACCAUCAUAUUCCAUCAUCUCAUAAGCAAGGGUCAGCAACAGUUCGACCAUUCAUUUUCGGAAGGGAUGACAGCAAUAGCCGGAGUUCCAUAUCAGUAUCUGAGGACUCAUCGAAUGCAGAGGUACCUCAAGAAAUCCGACCAACCAGGAACAUAACUGCCAAAUACAGCAACUCACAGACCAAAGUUAGAUCUCAAACCACAGAUGGUGGUGUAGAAUCAAUAUCAACAAGCACUUCUCUGCUCGAGAUUUUGAAACGAUCUUCAUCAAAGCCUAAAGUCUGUAACUAUGAGACUCCAGUCGACUUCACAAAGAGUAUCUUUGGAUUUAAGGUUCCUAAAAAGACAACAAGAGUACAAGGAAGAGGCUAGCUCCUGUGGUGAGACUGAUUUUCUUCCUACGUGAUUAUAUUCAUUGAUCACAAAAUAGUUAUCGUAUGUGACCACUUCGUUUCUUGGAGUUAGAAGUAUACCAGUUUGAAGCAUUUGUUAAAUUUGUAAUUUAAUUUGUUAUAAACUAAAGGCCCAUUUUGGUCCUUAACAUAUUGCGAUUUUUUUAUUUUGGUCAUAAACAUUAUCUUUUGAAUUA